ACGCGAUCAGCUGGGGUGCGAGUAGAAUGAACCGUAGCAGGACAAUGCUGGGAGUAAACACACUAUUUACGGGCACUCCAGUGGACAUAACGGGGUUGGCGUGAAAUUAUGUGCUGUCUGAAGGCUGCAAUGCAUGUUCGAGUGAUGGAGUUAUAGAGACUCGGUAGCUGCGAAGCAAAGUAUUUCAGCAUCAAGCCGGGUGGCGACACUGUUAGCUCGAUGCUAAUUGUUAAGCCACACACAGAGUGGGAGAGUUAGGUGAAUGGAGCCAUUGAGGCAGGCUGGAGAAGGUAGUAGUCCGGGUACGAGCACCCGUCAACGGCAGAACGGGAUUGAACAGCCGGCGUUCCGAGUGAUGGCAGCAGACCUCCAGCGGGUGUCAGCGGGGAGUCAUGAAGAGAUUCCCUCCGAGCAGCAGGAGUGGCACACCAGUGUGGGACAGAAAGAGCUACAGGCCCCCUCCCACACUAAAGAGGAGUUGCCGUGGGAGCAGCUUCAUGAUGAAGAUGAAGCUCAGUCCUUACAGCUUCAUCACAGUCAAAGUGAGGAGAACAGAGGGGCGGAGCUUCUAACCCAACACAUCACAGAAGCGGAUGGAGAGCAUUGUGAAGAUAUAAACUCAGAACCAGACAGCAUCUUUGCUCCACUGUCAGACAUGGACGACAUGAUGUCAGACUCUGCUGAGAGCGAUCACAGUGACGACAUCCAAAAACCUGUAAAGAGUAAAAAUGACUCUAAAGGUGAUACGAGACAUCACACUAACAACAAACACUUUGACUGCUCUGAAUGUGGAAAAUCAUUUCGACAUAUGUCCCAUUUUACAAGACACAUGAGAAUACAUACUGGGGAGAAACCUUUUGCUUGCUCAGUUUGCGCUAAAAGAUUCAAAACUAAGAAUGAAAUGAUAUCACACAUGAGAAUACAUACAGGGGUGAAACCUUUUCCGUGCUCAGUCUGUCCCAAAAGAUUCUCCGUAAAUACUAGGCUGAAAAAACACAUGAGAACGCACACAGGUGAGAAACCCUUUACUUGCUCGGUUUGCAAGAAGGGUUUCUCCAGAAAGCAACACAUGACCACACACAUGAGAACACACAUGGAGAAGCAAUUUACCUGCACGUUUUGCCCUAAAAGAUGUACCGAGAAAAGUCAUCUUGUAGCACACAUGAGAACACACACUGGAGAGAAACCUUUUACCUGCUCCGUUUGCAGUAAGAGUUUCUACACAAAGCACGUUAUGACCACACACAUGAGAACACACACUGGAGAGAAACCGUUUAGUUGCACUGUGUGCAAUAAGAGGUUCAUAUAUAAGUAUCAGGUCAGCAAACACAAAUGUGUAACAGUCAUGGAAGCUGCUGGGAUUUAAAAACACUUAAACAGUGAUUGUGCUAGAUGUACUUUAAAAACACAGCAUGUUUAAUAUGAAUGUAUAUUUUAUGUUAUAUGUAGUGUUUCUCCUCUUCUAGUGUUAUACAGUAUGUUGUCCUGUAAUUACUUUUUAAGUUGUGUGUAUUUAUUGAAUAUUACUGUAUAUAUGUAGCUACUAUUUUAUUUGAUUUUCUCAUUGUUAAAGAGAGGACAUCUUAUUAUUUUCAUUUGUGUCUCAUAAAAUCACACAUUUUCCCAUUGCAUUUUAUUGAUGUUAAUAUUCAUGUUACGUCUUGGACGCAUGGCUGCGAUUGUUGUGUUCCUUCCAAGGCAGGAGACAAGUAGGAGCGGAGUGCAGGUAAGAUUUUAAGUAUAUUUAAUAAAUAAAAAGCAGGACAAAAAUACAAAACAGAGGACGCUAGCAAGCGUGGAGCUAAACAAAAAAAACAAAAUGUCACCAAGGGUGAUAAACAAGGAAUGCUAGCGUGCACAAACUUACUAUGAGGAGAAAACCAGGGGAAACGUAAAUGUUGCGUAGAGCAAACAUUGACCCAGCACUUACUGCUGGGUGACAGGAAACUAUAAAGGGGAGUGAUUAGCCAAAACACCUGGUGGAAACACUAAUUGCAAAACUAAGACAGGUGAGGAGAAUCAGUGCCCAUGGAAACCAAGAAUAAACAGGGAAAGAGGGUGCAACCAGGAAACAGACUAAAACCAGAAACAUAACCAACAUAAAUCAUGCCAUGAUCCGGGUAACGAUCAUGACAAUUCAAUUACAAGUAUGAAUAAAUAAAAUUGUUAACAAAAUUUGGACUCUGGUAGAUUAGCAGCAUUGUUACGUCAUGGAUGUCAACUACUGCAAAACGUCAACCGAAGAAGAAAAAGACUGAAGUUAGCAACACAUCACUGAAUUUAUAGAGCCAUCGCGAGUGGAGCUGGUUGUUUUUAUUGCUGCAUUUGUACUUAUUUUACCACACAGCUUCUGUCAGAAUAACUGUAUAGAAGUUAUCGCACAACUUCUGUGUUACAUUGAGUUCAGCUCGCCCUGUGAGUAGACAAAAGCUGUCUUUGAUCUUACCAAGCAAAAGGCUUGUAAAACUCCACUGUGUACGAAGGGAAGAGACAUGAAGGCGUCAGUUUCUUUGAUCCAUUGUGAUCCACAGGAAGAUUUUGUCUUGACCCGAGAUCUACAAAGUGGAGA